AGAUAAUUCUGAUGUAAAUACAAGCUGUCAUUGAAGCUCACAUGUGUAAGAUUUACCUAUAUAAUUAACCUUAUGAUUCAUCUCAUUAGACGUUUUUUGUUGAAGUAGAGGAUUGAAAUCAAUAUGGAUUUUGCAGUUAGCAGUCAUCGCAGGAUUGCCUCCAAUGUUGUCCUUGUUGUGCUGUUCUUGGAGCGUCUUGCUUACUAUGCUCUGGUCUCUACAUUCUACCUAUUUCUCAACCGGGGGCCUUGGGGUGUGGAUGAGGGAUGGGACUCUCUGGAGGCCCUCAAUGCAGUCUUCAUCCUACUUGGAGUCUCCUGCAUCUCUGCACUCAUGGGCGGAUAUGCCUCGGAUGCUUGGAUUGGAAGAUUCUGGGCUAUAGUGUCAGGAAUGGUACUCUACAUUCUUGGCUACAUUCUUCUCAUUCUGAUCACCGUCGACAAACUGCCUCGAUACAUCUGCACCUUCAAUGCAACAGCUCCGGGACUUGAUGAAGAAGAGUUGUCAGGAGAUAGUGUACACGCACCAUGCAAGGCUGCUGUGUAUGUGGCUGUGGUGGUGCUGGGCGUGGGUGUCGGCAUGGUCAAGGCAAACAUUGGGCCUUUUGGGGCUGAGCAGAUGGGCCCCAGCAACCAGCUGCUGGCACGCAACUUCUUCAACUGGUAUUACUGGUGCACCAACCUGGGCAGCGCUGUUGGCAUCGGCGCGCUGGCCUACAUAGAGCAGGACAGCCCAGGCUACUGCACCAAUGGCUUCUUCUGUGGCUACCUCAUGGCUACUGGAUGCCUGACUGUGGCGCUGUUGAUCCUGCUGUGCCUCAUGCCGCUGUUCGAGCGCCACCCUGCCACGGGCAGCAGUCCGCUCUUCAACAUCGUACGCAUCACGUGGGAGGCGACGCGACUCAAGAUACGCGACCUGACCACGCCUGCUGCACAAAGGCAGCCGCCGCCGCUGGUGCAGCCCAAGUUCCUGGACCUGGCGAAGGUGCGCUACGGGGGGCGUUUCCACGAGACCGCCGUGGACGACGUCAGGGCCGUGGGCGCCAUGCUGAGGCUCUUUGCCGCCCUCUUGCCCUACUGGCUUGUCUACUUCCAGAUGCAAACGAGUUUCCAGGCUCAGGGAUUACACAUGCGCUUCAUGAUUGACAUCCAAACUAACAAAACAAACUCGACCGCCGGGCCAUCGCUGCGAGAAUUGUUCAUGAGCGUCGCCGCGGGCCACACCUUCAGUGUGCCGGCGGCGUGGCUGACGCUCUUCAACCAGUUCUUCCUGAUCCUCGCCCUGCCGCUGCUCACCAACGUCGUGUACCCGUACUGCGACAGGCGAGGCGUCCGCCUCUCCAUGCUCUGCAGGAUUGGAGCCGGUAUGUUGGUGAGCAGCUUUGCGGUCUUCACUGCCGGGGGUCUGGAGACUUUUCGCACGAUGCUGUGGAAGACUGACAAUUCGACGCACAUCGUGCAGACGGUGGGCAACGUUACCUUCAACGGCGUCGACAUCUCCAUCUUCUGGCAGGUGCCGCAGUACGUCCUCGUCGCGGCGGCUGAGGCCCUUGCCAGCGUUGCUGGUCUGGAGUACGCGUACAGCGAGGCGCCACGAGCGUUCCAGUCGCUGAUCAUGGGUCUGUUUUACGCCAUGGAGGGCGUGGGGUCCUUCCUUGGCAUCGCUUUGCUGCAGAUCCUCGCGCCCUUUUGGCUCAACAACAUGACCGACUAUGCCAACAUCAACGAUAACCAUUUGGAUUUUUAUCUCUAUUUCCUAGGCAUCAUUCAGUUCACGACGCUCAUCGUGUUUGUCGUCACGAAUUACGUGUCCCGCUAUAGUCUGGAGCUCGUGCCCCUGCACAGCGACCAGGGAAUAGGAGGGCCUCGAGACGGUCGUGGGCUGAGAGGCAGGACCCGGUACCGAGGGCUCCUAGAGGAGGAGGAUGAAGAAGAAACAUUUGAAGGACCACUGAGAAGGAAUCAAGACCCCGGUGUUGCGGCCCCUGACGAAGAGCUUCUCGAUGUCACGCGCCCUGAGGCUGGUGGUGGGUUACUGCCAGCGGAUGAGAGCGAUGACAGCGUCGACGUGAAAGAGUCUUCCAGCGCCGUCACGCCUGCUACUGUGCCGAGCGUCGGGGUCAGAUUCGCCUGAGCAUUCAACGUAUAGAAGUUCAUUUUAAUUCACUAGAAUCCGGACACGGAACUUGUCUCGUUCAUGUAGAAAAUUUGCAAGCAAAAGCAGGUCGUGCGUAUGAUUUGCUUAUUAGCAGUUAUUUAGGUGUAUAAAAUUAAUUUUUUAGUAAAUAUAGCGUUUUGCACUUAUCUUGUGCUUGCUGAUCGAUUUUGUUUCACGUUAAAUGAUGACAUUGGUGGUAUGCAGGGUAUUGAACACUCAUGCUGUAUAAUUAUUGGGUUGAUGUUUGUUUGUUUCGUUUGAAUUAAAGACACGUUUAUUUUAGCCAUUUAAUACAGACCUGCGGUGUUGAGUCGAUGUGAUACCACAAACGCUGUGUGUUUUUUGUAAUAAUGUCAAGCAAAUCUUGUAGAAUCUCUCUCCCACGCCGUGAUAUUAGAGUUAGUCUCUGCGCUGUACCUUCUUAGUAAUCUGUCCUAUGGCCUGUUUAGAUGUGCUGCACGGUAUCUCUUUUUAUCUUAGAAUGGUCGGAUUAAGAUAUGCAACAUAAAAUAUCAAACAUUAAGUUGUCCAACAUUAAGAUAUUGGAAUGCGUGUGCACAAUUGUUCAGCUAGCAACAUGGUAGUAAAUUUUAAUUUUUUCUGAGUUUCAAUUAUUUAUUCUUACCUAUUUUUGAGUCGACCUUUUCAUCCGCAAGAAAGUUAUACAUUCUGUCUCUGUUUUUAUUGAUUAUUGAUGCCACUGGUACAGUUUGGCAGUAUUCCGAUCUCUAAUCUCUUCUGUAUUUUCUAGGAACGGAAUACGCUGAAAAUGGUGGUUCUGGGGUUGCCAAUUGACGUUUGUGUUCUAUGUUUAUUGGUCGAAAAUGGCCUCGUAUAGGCUAAUUAGUAGACCUCGUAUUAGCCGAAGUUGAUCGCGGUUGCGCUGUUGCAACUGAUCCUCUCCUAGUACUCUACUUAAGGAGGGAGCGGAAGCUAAGUGGGAAUCUCAGUUACAUGUUCGAUCAGAUUGAGUUAUAUCAUGAACUGUUCUUUAUUUAUUGUAGUGUAUACCGAGGAGAAACCACUCUUGAAACUAUUCCUAAGUAUUUUUGGGAUAUUUGGAUUAUUGUUGCUUCAUGACAGUACAUGCUUUUAGUGUAUUCUGUGUAUUAUGACAGUGUGUUCUGAUGCUUUCGUGAUGUCGGUGUAUCUUUGUCAGUGUAUCUGCUACACGCAUUUGGGGGGCAUUGUCGUUGACUGCUCGCUGCGCAUGCAAGCAGUGUCUUAUUCUAAUUCUGAAUUAAUUUAAGCUGCUGUACUUGAAAUGCAAGCAAGCAUUACACAUUAAUCGCUUCAGUGAUUUUUUGUCUACUUCUUGACUAUAGGAAGACCGUAUGUCUACUUCUUGACUUCUAUUAGACCGUAUGUAAUGUCCCUAACAUACUAUUCCUGAUGUUGGGUCGGCGACACUUUAUUAUAGAAGCGUCUAUUGUUCAUCCUUUAUUGUAGAUUUCGCCGAUGUGAAGUUGUGUUCAUUUUAAUCUUGAAGUUAAUGUCUUCGUUGUUUCCAAAGUUCUAUUCUCAAUUGUGCCAUCGUCGCUUCUCUCAUUGCAAGUUUCAUUUCAGCUUCAGUUCCACUAAAGUUUCAACUGCUCUGAAAUAUUCUCUCUAAACAUUUAAAUUGCUUCAGUUUCUCUUCAGGGAGUAAUGCCACUUAUCAUUUUAAUUAUUUCUUUCAUAACUUUUUCCAUGGGGUCAACAGUGAAAUGUUUCAUCAUUAUUUUGUAUUAAUUAAUGCAUAAAGAUAAGGCUAGAAUUUUACUGCUGCCUCCAUCUAGUAAUACCAUUAUUAUUUUAAGAAAAUCGUACUACUUAAGUUUCAUGUAUUGUAAUUGAGUCUAUAAGGUGAUUAUCAUGUAAAUAACUACGCGCUCGUAACUACCUAUGUUUCUACUUGAAGGGGCGUGCUGUACAUGGUAAUUGUCUGCUUCCUUUAUUCAUUUUAAUUAAAUAUGAGCUUUGCUACCAUAAGGCUCGUAUCGUCUUCUCUUACAGAACUGAAUAAAAUAACGUAAAAGGGAUAAAAGAUACAGAACUAGAUAAAAUAACGUAAAAUUAAAGGUAUAAAAGUUGACGGUCAAUCAAUAGUUAACAAUAAGAUAAAGAAAUGCAGUGCAGAAUUGCUAUCAAAGAAAUCAUCGGUCACCAGAGAUGAAUCAGUCACUCAUUCGGUAUGAAUCUGGCGCGUGUGAUGAGGCCUUGAGAAAUGUCUAUUUUUGUAAUGAAAUUUAUGGUCUUGCAGUUAGCUUAUAUUUAUAGCAUAAAAAUAAUAUUUGUCAUGUAUGCGUAGGAAGCUACAUCGGUAAAGAAUACAAUGCUUGUUGAAGUCUCGCAUACAAGCCGCUAUCAUUA